GGUAGACUCCGUUAGCCUAGUCAUAGCUGCUGUGGCGUGCGUCAGGGCUUACCGAAAGAAUAGUCAGUAACUUGUGGGCGGCGACGCUUGGGCGGAAGCCCCGAACACGCGCAAAGUGCUCCUCGCCAACACCUCGAGAUUCCCCGGCCCCACAUUGGCAGGAUCGCAAACAUGAGCUCUACUGUCGCCGUCACCUAGCAGCCUGAGAUCCUUUCCUGAAGUCAACACACCUCUCAUUGGCGGAUUAUACGUGCUCUGAGAAACGGAAGCAACAAUGAGAUCUCAUUUCAUCCUUACAGCAGGAGCUGCUCCUUUUGCCAGCAGUACUGUGGAUGCAGUAAGCCCAUGUUGCACCACGCUUGCCAACCUCAGCGGGUUCCGCCAAAAGGUGUUCUUCCCUGAAUCAGAGAUCUACAACGAGCGCCUAGAGUCCAUCUUUUCACAGAGUGCCCGCCAAGCUCCCUGGUGCGUCCUGCUCCCUGAGUCAUCCCAGGAUGCAUCCGAAAUCAUGAAAACCGUAAGCAAACUUAAGUGUCCAUUUGGCAUUCGGAGUGGCGGGCACGGAAUGCACCGCUUGUCAAACUCUGUCGAAGGUGGCAUUACAAUCGAUUUCACCCGCAUGAACACGACAAAGUACGACAAGAAAGAGGGAAUUGUAUCCAUUGGCCCCGGGAUGAGAUCGGGCCACAUCUACGACGAGAUCAUGGACGAUGGUAUCGUCGUCACUGCAGGGCGCGUCGCGCCAGUCGGAGCCGCAGGCUUCAUUACGGGCGGCGGCAUCUCGUACCAUUGGCCUAGCCAUGGCUGGGGAUGUGACAACGUCGUCAACUAUGAAAUGAUACUCGCAAACGGAACUAUUGUCAACGCCAAUGAGCACCAGAACCGCGACCUGUGGUUUGCGCAGCGUGGCAGCAGCGGGAACUUUGGCCUGAUCACCCGCUACGAUAUGCGUGCGAUCCCCUACGCAAAUCCAAAAGUCCCUCUGAUAUGGGCCGGCGCCAUCGAAUACGACUGGAGCGCGAAAGGGGAGUUCGUUAACCGCUGGGUCGCCUUCACCAAGCGCCACGCCUUAGACAUGAACAGCUCCUCCAUGUUCCAGUUCCAAUACGACACCACCAGUGACAAAUGGCAGCUCGCAACCAUCCUCUCGAACACCGCGAACAUCGCCAAUGCGACCACACUGCAGCCCAUCAUCUCCAUGGACAAGCAACUCGGCAACGGCCUGCGCUCCGACACUAUGGGCAACUUCACGCGCGAAUUCUUUGCAGAUGUGAACGACAAAUACCAUAUCUGGUUAACCUCGACAUAUACCGUGGACCCUGAAUUUAUCUUAUACACGCAAGACCAGCAUCAAUUACUUGUUCAGCAGUUGCGCGCUGCGCUGCCCAACGGCACACAGUUCACUAGCCUGACCACGCACCACGCUAUGACACCCACCGUGGUGUCGCAUUCCAAGGGUAACAAUGUCCUCGGAUUGGAAAGGCGUGUCGCUAAUAACACCGUCGGCCACAUGUUCCUCAUCUGGGUGCAGCUUAAGACCGCACAAGAUGAAGCGAUUGCUCUACCUAUAGUGCAGGCGUGGCAUAAGAGACUUGGGGGGGAGGGGACUAAGCGGAAGAUUAAUUGGAACUGGGAGUAUUUAAACUACGCACAUGGGCUACAGGAUCCGAUUCGAACGUAUGGGAAGGAGAACAUUAGGAAGUUGAGAAAGGCAUCGAAGAAACACGAUCCAGAAGGGAUAUUUCAGACGCUAAGAGGUUCGGGGUUUAAGAUUCCGAUUAACUAAGUAGGAGGGGUAGUAAAAGAGUAUAUGCGAGCCAAUACAUAUUAAUGUAUUGUUAUCGCGCAAAGAAGCGUGUAGUUUCCCUAUGUAGCGCUCUACACGUGAUCAAGCGUGUAGUCUAACUACACAACGCUCGCCCUAUAAUAGAGCAUAUAGGCUAGCUAUACAAAAUUUAAAUAUAAUAGAGCUUGUAGAUUAACUAUACAGCGAUUGUUACCUUAG